AUGGCCCUUUCCUGGUUUAAGCGGAAUCCCUCCAGAGUGCAGAUCUCUAGGCAGUGGAGCCACAUUCCCCACCCUCUCAACCCUUCCCUCGACCAUAUAAGGAGAGGCAGCUGCUAGGGGCGUCCCCAGUAUCUAAAGAUAGAGGCUUUUGCCUGGGACUCCAAAUGCCACUGGGCAGGUGGAGCAGCCAUGGCACGGCAGCAUGCCCGGACCCUGUGGUAUGACAGGCCCAAGUAUGUGUUUAUGGAAUUUUGUGUUGAGGACAGCACGGAUGUCCAUGUGCUCAUUGAGGAUCAUCGCAUUGUGUUCAGCUGCAGGAAUGGUGAUGGAGUGGAGUUGUACAACGAGAUUGAGUUCUACGCCAAAGUGAACUCCAAGGAUUCCCAGGAUAAGAGGUCCGGCCGCUCUAUUACUUGCUUUGUGAGGAAAUGGAAGGAGAAGGUGGCCUGGCCCCGGCUCACCAAGGAAGAUAUCAAGCCAGUAUGGCUGUCUGUGGACUUCGAUAACUGGAGAGACUGGGAAGGGGAUGAAGAGGUAGAGCUGGCUCACGUGGAGCAUUAUGCAGAGCUUUUGGAAAAGGUCAGCACCAAGAGACCUCCACCUGCCAUGGAUGACCUGGAUGAUGAUUCUGACAGUGCUGAUGCAACAAGUAAUUAACUUUCUGUGACAGCAGAGCUGAGAGGAGAUUAUAACUGCUUUCUGUUGCUCUGAAGAGUCGUGGCCUAGACCCUGUCAGCUCUUUGGCUGUGCACCAGGGUCCUUUGAGAUCUCCGAACUUCCCUAGAAGUUCUUUUUUUUUUUUUCCCUAAAUAUUUAUUUUUUAGUUUUAGGUGGACACAAUAUCUUCACUUCACUUUU